UCAUGAAAGAUUGAUUCCAUAGGUGUGGAUCAAUUGUUUUCCUUGAAGACCCACCCCAGACCUGCAAUUCUGGUAUCUGCAUCGGUGUUCCACAUCAUGUGGUACGAAUUGUUGAGGAUUCAUUCAAGUUUUUAGGUUUCUUCUAUAAAAAAAAAAAAAGGAAAGUCCUUGCAUAAAGAAAAAGGAAACUCUCCUUUGUGAGUAUAUAGAAUAAACCUAGAUCCUUUCCUUUGUGCCUCUUCGCGAUUCGAAUUCAGAGUUUCCUCGGGAGCCGCCAUGAAACGCAGGGACGAUAAGAAGGGCAGGUUGUGCAGCAUCUCAAUCCCAAGUAAGUUAGAUCCGAUACCUUUUGUUCUGAAGAUGGUUUUAGCGACUGCCAAGUUUCUGAACAAGACCCCCCAAAAGAAACAUCUUUGCCGCGAGGAGAGAGAUAUUAACAAGUACGAUGAGAAAGACACAAGCCCAAGUAAGGUAGAUUCGAUCCCUCUUGAUUUGGAGGUUGAGAUACUGACUAGAUUGCCGGCAAAGUCUCUUAUCAAGUUCCAAUGUGUGUCCAAGACGUGGUCUUCCAUCAUCCGAAGCCAAAGAUUCAUCGAUUCCUACUACGCUCUGUCCUCCACUAUGCGAUCGGAUCGGUUUAUAAUCGCUUUCAGUAAUGGUGAAUCAGCCAAGAGGGAGGACAAGCGUUUGUUCAUCUUCUCGUCUUCAUACGAGGGACAUGAAUCUUCUUCUUCUUUGGUAACCAAUCUCGAUAUGACAAUACCUUCCGUGACCGUCAUUUGCUUCUCCACCUGUGCUUCUGUCCAUGGCUUAAUCGGGUCUACUAGGAGUGGUCCGUUCCUUGUCUGUAACCCUUGCACAGGGAAAGUCACUAUGUUACCCUGUAGCGGAGCACACACAUCCUUCGGAUACGAUCCUGUUGAUGGUCAAUUCAAAGCAUUGACCCAGGUGUCCCCUUAUUCUUACCAGGAACCUGAUUUUCUAGUGCACGAGGUUUUAACACUUGGAGGAGGAGAAUCUUCAUGGAUAGUCAAAAAGGUUACCACCCCGGUUUACUAUACUGCAACCAGAAAACUAUGCAUCAAUGGUUUCGUGUAUUUUGGUGCGUGGACCCCAAGAAGUAGAAUUGAUCCGGUGAUUGUGUGUUUUGAUGUUAGAUAUGAGAGGCUAAGUUUUAUCAAAGCGCCUAUGGAUGUUGUUUGCUUGGAGGGUGAUUCAAUUUUGAUAGAAUACAAAGGGAAGUUUGCUUCCAUUGUAAGACACCCUUAUGCUGAUUUCCAUAGUUUUGAUUUAUGGAUACUAGAGGAUGUGAAGACACAUGAUUGGUCCAAGCAAACAUUUCAGCUUCCCUUCUCUUUGGGGUUGGGUACAAAAAUGACUUCCCCGGGAAUCAACAAAGCUGGUGAAAUCAUUUUUGCCCCAAAAACUCUGUCGCGAGAUGUUCAACCCUUCUACAUUUUCUACUACAAUGUAGAAAGAAAAGACAUGAGAAAAGUUAUGCUCAAAGGAAUUGCAGACGAUGAACAGUUUAGGCGUCGAUAUGGACUUGCUGGGAACUGUUACGUCCACAUCUCACCCGAACAUGUUGAAAGUAUUGCCUCUUUAUAAUGUGUUUUAUGUAUGUCUUGAAGGAUCCUAAUGUAAGAGCUUGACCAACUUUGCUUUUUCCCUGUUCUUUUAAUUAAUAUUUAAGCGUUGGCUUUUUAGCACUAAGCAAACUAGGUUAUGUUAGGACUGAUGGUUUGCAUUUGCUGACGUGUGUAUUUUUAGUGAUACUCAUAUCUUCAGUGUUUUUGUUUUCUUUUC